GCCCCACAUCGUGGAAUCCAACCCACAGUCGUCCACUCGUCGUCGUCUCUAGCGGUCAAAGCUCAACCACCGCCGCGUGCGCACCUCUCUCCGUGACCCACCACGCCCACGGCCGAAGCGCGCCGCCGUGCCCCAGCCUGGUCGGCGUGCUUCCACCGCCGGCGAGUCGAACCCGGUGCGCCCUAUACGCGCUGGUGGCGGCCCAGUGCGCCGCCUCCCCUCUUCGCCACAUCCGGGUGAGUCGGAUAUUAAUUUUUGGAUCGGUUGGUAGAUUUCUCCUCCGGUGCCUGUUUCCAAGGGACUGCCGAUUUGAGAUCUACUACUAUAUAUUCCGUCCAGCCUCAGAUAAGCAAGGCUGCCUCAGAGGAAUCAACAGUAAAUCGGAGUUCAACCAAUCUUACAAUGUCCUUAGCUGUGGAGCUAAAAUCCCCUUUCAUAAGACAUACUCAAGUAAGAGCACUGAUAUUGGUUCACAUUCUGACACAGGCAAGCCACACCUCUGCUUGUUUUACGAAUUUGAUCUUGGUUUGCAAAUGGAUUACCAAGGGAGCACUGUUAGGGAUUUCCUUCAUGCUAAUGGACAGGUGGUGCUAGAAAGGGUGGAUAACAAUCAUAAUCUAAGAUCUUUCACUCAAAAGGAGAUAGAAGACAUCACCGGUGGGUAUAGCACCAUGCUGGGAGAAGGCGGGUUUGGUAAAGUUUACAAAGGAAAAUUAGAUGAUCUUCAUCCAGUCGCAGUAAAGAGAUACAAAAAUGGAACCAAGAAAGAAGAGUUUGCCAAAGAGGUGAUAGUACAUUCCCAGAUAAAUCAUAAGAAUGUCGUCAGGCUUUUCGGUUGCUGCACGGAGGAAAAUGCUCUUACAAUUGUUAUGGAGUUUGUAUGCAAUGGAAACCUCUACAACAUCCUUCACUGCAGCAGCAGCAAUGCUAAUGGCUGUAUGCCCUUCCCUUUGGACAAACGGUUGGACAUUGCCAUUGAGUCAGCUGAAGCAUUAUCAUGCAUGCACUCAAUGUACAGUCCUGUUCUUCAUGGCGACAUCAAACCUGCUAAUAUACUGCUAGAUGAAAAUUUUCGGCCAAAGAUAUCAGAUUUUGGGAUAGCAAGAUUGCUUGCGGCUGACAAGACUCAGCAUACCAGACACGUCAUUGGUUGCAUAGGUUACAUGGACCCUUUAUUGUCGCAGAGUGGGAUUCUACUUCCCAAAAGUGAUGUAUACAGUUUUGGAGUUGUUUUGCUGGAAAUCAUCACCCGAAAGAAAGCUGUGGAGGGCAAUAACAACCUUGCUAAAAGUUUUCUGGAAGCCGUGAGAAAAGGGAAAAAGGUGAGACAAAUGUUUGAUGAGGAAAUUGUGAAUGAUAAAAAAAACAUGAAAUUUCUUGAAGAUAUCGCAAAACUAGCAGCUGAAUGCUUGAAGUUGGAGGAAAAAAUGCGUCCAGAAAUGCUUGAAGUAGCGGACAGACUUAGGACAAUUAGAAAAGCUUACCACCUGCGCAAGGGCAGACAUUCUACAGGUAGCAAUUCCAGACUUACUAAAAGUGAAAAGGCAGAGGAUGUUGUACCGGUCGUUUCCAUUGACGAACUGAGGAAAAUAACCAGGAAUUUCGGCAGUUGUGCUCGAAUAGGAGAGAACAUAUAUGGUGAAAUUUUCCUCGGUGUGCUUAAAGAUGGACAUAAUAAAUCCACGAUCAUGAAGCUUUUUCCUAGUGCUAUUUUAGAGGUUCCCUUGCCCUUGCUCUCAAGAUUCAGACAUGAGAAUGUUCUCCAGCUUCUUGGAUACUGUGUUGAAGAAAAUCAUACAUCCUCGAAACCAGAAAACCGUUUUCUUGCUUACGAGUAUACAUCCAGGGGAUCCUUGCACGAUAUUCUUCAUG